CCACCUUCCCAAAACGUCAUUCGUGCAAGAGAAAAAUCAGCAAACGGGAGUGUCAAGUCAAGUCGUGCGAGAUUUUUACCAGGCGAAAAAAAUAUUACAAAUUCAAGUCGUAGUUCGGUGCAUCAGGUGGUGAAAAGGAUUAAUUUGCGAGUUUAAAAGUGCGUUUUGGUCGUGUUUUUUGGGGUGUUGAAUCUUGAAAGUUUUGAUCCGGACAAAGCAGCCACAACAAUGGCCACGUCAUUCACAAACUUUUCGUACGAGCGCUUUAUGCGAAAUAUGGGACAGAAAUUGGAACCCAGCGUCCGUUACCACCUGUCCAAAGUGUACGCCUGUCUGACGGCAACAUGCGCCGCGGCCACCGUCGGUUCGCUCAUCCACCUCAAGGGCAUCUGGGAGGCCGGAAUGCUCAGUGGACUGAUUGCCCUGGGGCUCGUUCUGGGCCUGAUCUUCAACCCGGACAACGGCAAGAACUUUAACAUGCGCCUGGGCCUGCUGCUCGGCUUCGGAGCCUUCACCGGACACGCACUCGGGCUGCUGCUGGAGCAGGUCAUCUACGUCAAUCCGGCCAUCGUCGUAACGGCGCUCGUAGGAACGACCACGAUCUUCACCAGCUUGAGCGCGGCCGCCGUUUUGGCCAAGCGCGGCAGCUAUCUGUUCCUCGGCGGCAUCCUGCUCAGCGUGCUGAACGCGAUGGCCCUGAUCAGCUUGGGAAAUCUGCUGUUCCGGUCGUACUUUGUGCACGAGCUCAACCUGUACGUUGGCCUGGCCGUGAUGAGCGGCUUCGUCCUGUUCGACACCCAGAUGAUCAUGGAGAAGCACCGUCUCGGAAGCAACGAUUGCAUCGCCCACUCGCUGGAUCUGUUCUACGACGUGAUCGGAAUCUUCCGCCGUCUGCUCGUUAUCCUGACCCAAAAGGAGCAGAACAAUCAGCGCAAGAAGAGAAACGAUUAAGCGUUGUAGACAGCGAGAAAGAGAGGAAGAUCUUUUGUACUGCUAUUGCGCUACUAUUGGUAAUUGUAACAAAAUAAACAAACAUUUUAGAGGCAGAGCGACCUUUUUCAAAUAAAGCAAAACAAAUCUUAGAGAGGAAAGUGGUUAAACGAUAGUUGUUGGUGUUGUGGCUGGAAAUCCUCUUUCGGGGGAAAAAAAACACUUUUAGUGUAUUUAGAUAUCGGACUACCCGUUAAACGGGGCAUUGCGGUUCAGAAGUACGUGAACCAUAAUCCUGUGUGUUUGUAAUUUAUACCUACCAGAAAAAAAUGAUUGCAUAUAAUCAGAAUCGACUCGGCAGCAGCAGCGCCCAGUAAUCUAUAUAAAUUGGAAACUUUGGAAUCUAAAUCUAUCUUUGUUAAAUUUACCACUGUGUUGUUGCUCCUAUUGAUAUUUUACUUAGCGAUAGUUCAUAACACGAAAAUCACCCCACUUCAGCAAACCAUUUGUCAGAAAAAAAAUCAAGCUCAUAUUUUGAUGCAAAUCACAACUGUUUAGAGGUUCGAAUAAUAAAGGAAGUAUUUAUGGAUUAAA